AUUUUUCAAAAACAAAAAAAGUCACCACCAUUGCUUCCCACUACUUUCUGUAAUUGCUCGAAGCAUCUCCAAAGUCUCUUUGUUGCUUCUUGUUGUCGCCUAAUGUACACUGUAGAAGUGUAGUAGUGGAGUGUAUUCGCAUCUUUUGUGAUAGAUAGUUGCUGAUACUACAAAGUGUAGACUAGAAUCUGCUCCAGACUUCUCAGGAGCGUAAAUUCAUUCGAUCGUUUAUUGGAGUUGUCUUCAAUAAAUUGGGAGUAUGUCGGUGUUUCACGACGAAGUGGAAAUCGAGGACUUUGAGUAUGAUGAAGAAUUGGAGACCUAUUUCUUCCCAUGUCCGUGCGGCGAUCAGUUUCAGAUCACAAAGGAGGAGCUGGUGGCAGGUGAAGAUGUGGCGACAUGUCCUAGCUGUUCUUUGAUCGUUCGUGUCAUCUAUGAUGCUGAAGAUUUUGCAGCCGCUUCAGAAGCUGUUGAAAGCACAUCCAGGGAUCAAGCUCGUGCAGCGUGUACGUAAAGGGGGUGCCAAGCACACAUUGCUGCUUAGUUCCAUCAAUGAUACUCUACGCUUUAUAGGUUUUUUAAAUAUAUAUUGCACAUGAAGUGUGCUGCUCACCGGAAUUAUUCACAGAAAACCCUAACAUGAAAGCUAUAAUAUAUUGAGGCUGGCAUCCCACUGCUGUUGAGACAUCACAUCAUCGGGAAGGCUUUAGUUGACUCGCCAUUACUUCUUCUUUUUUCUUCUUCUAUUUUUAACAAUGCUAUCUGCAUGUUUUGCUAUUCGCUCUUGAUGUGCAUUGCUGUGCUAUUUAUCUGUAGUCUGUAGAUGCCUAGGUGUGGCUGGUAGAUGCCUAGGUGUGCCUGGUUGUGGCCUUGACUGUGUUCAUGGCUAAGUGUGCUUGGCCGUAGUCUCAACCAUUUUGAUUCUGCUGUUAGUUUUUUUAGUGCUGAUUGCUGACUCCGUUCUGCAGCUCCUUAGUGAGUCAAGACCAGUGUUAUUUUGGAGCAAAGAUAUGGUGACUGGUCGUUUAUUAGGAUAUUGUGCAUGACUGUCCGAUGAUCUCUUGAGUUCACAAUCAGCCGCUUGCAAUGUCGUUGUAAUUGUAGUCUG